GUCUUGAGAGUCGCUUGGUGUCCGGACGAUACCGAAUAAAACAAAACCCCGAAACUACUCAUACACAGCAAACUGCUCCAGCAUGAAGCAGCAUGGGUUUCUCCUGUGCGUAGCGAUUGCGAUGUCGCUAGCUGCACCUCAGCAGGCAGAGCCGAUCGUGAAAGACGAUAUCGCAGAGAUACGAACGAUCGUGACGGAUCUGCUCGCGAGUGGUGUGCAAAUCAACCUGGAGCAGCAUCAGACCCGAUUCGUUGACGGUGACACAGAAAACCUGAUCAUAGAGAACUUUCUUUUUGCGAGCGAGGAUGGACUCGUUUUUACUGUAACCUCGGAGCGAGUUCUAGAUAAAAACUACCAACCAAAGGUGGUGUCCUACUUCGAUGUGACAGAUGACGACGCACAGAAGGUUCUGCUCUCGCUGCUUGGUGGAGGAAACAUUAAGACGUUAACCAUCAACAAGAAGUAAAGUUCCGGAAAGCUUAUGAGGCUAUCACACUAUCUGCAUGGCUAUUGAGGCAAAGCAAACGUUACCAUAAUAAAUUCAAUACCCAAAAAUAGACCCACUCUAUCCAGCU